AUAAUACUGGAGAAAUAACACCACUUGGUCGUAGAAUGGUUGAAUUUCCCUUGGAUCCUUCAUUAUCUAAAAUGCUUAUAGUUUCAGAGGAGUUAGGUUGUACGGCAGAAAUCCUGACGAUUGUUUCCAUGCUUUCUGUUCCUUCAGUAUUCUACAGACCAAAGGAACGUAUUGAACAGAGUGAUGCAGCCAGAGAAAAAUUCUUUGUACCUGAGAGUGAUCAUUUAACUCUUUUGCACGUUUAUACUCAGUGGAUGUCUCACGGUCACCGUGAUGAUUGGUGUGUCAAACAUUUUAUCCAUGCUAAAGCAAUGAGAAAAGCUCAAGAAGUACGUUCGCAGUUGAUGGAUAUUAUGAAGGCUGAAAAGAUGGCAGUUGUAUCAUGUGGAACAGAUUGGGAUGUUGUUCGAAAAUGCAUUU